GAACACGCAUAUAAAGUAACUGCUGUCAAAUGGCACAACUAAUCUAAAAAUGUCAACACUUUAAAGUCGUCCUAAUAAUGUAAAAUUUUGUAUUUUUAAUAAAAUGGCAACACAAAAGCCAGGAGAAUGGGCUAAUACUUUGAUUGUGCGUUUUGAGGAACAGCUGCCUUGCCGAAUUGGGCCUCAAACCACCCAUUCAAGAAUAAAUGAGGAACAGAACAAGACUUGCAUUAUUCAGAUCUCAAAAUAUCGUUUUGCUUUGGUGUUAGAUGGUUUUGUUAAAGUUUUAAAAAGAAUACAUGAACUGUAUCAGACUGGAACAUGUGGGGCACCACGGCAACAUGGUCCAGAACUAGAGAAAAACUACUAUGACAGUCUGCUUAUAGUUCUAGAAACCUUAGAGAAAUGUUUUAGCCAACAACCGAAAGAUUCGAUUACUCUUACAAUGGAAGAAAAUCAAAAUUUAAAAUCUUUGUUGAAGGAAAUUUGUGCAUUUUUAGAUAUGUCAAACGAUAAUCCCAACACACACGCAAUAAAAGUGUUAGCCAGUAAAGUUUUGUUUGCUUUGAGUGUUAAUUUCUUUAAUGCUGUCUUUAAUCGAAUUUCAUCCAAAUUACAAGAGCUUGCAUCGUGUCCAGACGAAAAUCCCGAUUACAGUGAUAUCGAACUAAUUCAGCACAUAAAUGUCGAUGUUAAUAGACUUACCAAACUCCUAACAGAGGCCAUACAAAAGUUCCGAUUACUCAAAAAAUCGGCGCAUCUUGUUUUUGUUAAUUCGCUCGAAAAAGCUAUCUGGAACUGGAUGGAUCAUUACCCUUACGAAUUCGCAGAACUACAGAAAAACACAAACGAGGAAUUGUCAAAGUGCUGUGAACAACUGUUUGACAUUUUAGACAGUUUUGCUGACAACAAGAAAGGCAGAGCCGCUGUCUGGUCGCUACAAAUUAUGCUUCUAAUUUUAGCUCCUAAAGUCCUUGAAGAGAUCGUGAACGCGGAUAGUGGUGCCCCGUGUUCACCCAGGCAUAAUAAAAAGAAGCAAUUUAUCGAUGCAAUAAAACGCGGGAUUGGACCACAUGGGAAUUCGAGUAAGCAGUUGACUGAAGCCGCGGCCGUUACCUGUGUCAAGUUGUGUAAGGCUUCGACUUACAUUAACAACAAGGACUCGAAUAACGUCGCAUUCACGUUGGUUCAAAGUGUGAUUAACGAUCUUAAAUCGCUACUUUUUAAUACGACAAAAUUGUUCUCCAGAGGACAAAAUUAUCUCUCUCAAGAUAUGGAUUUGAUGAUUGAUUGUUUUGUCUCCUGUUUUCGUAUCAAACCGCACAACAAUGAAGCUUUAAAAGUUUGCCUCAAUUUAAAUUCUCCUUCGGUGUACCAUUUCGUUUUAGUUAGGUCGUUGUAUCGGAUAGUCACUGAAUCAAAGUUACACUGGUGGCCCAAAAUAGAUCUAGUUUAUAGUAAAUCAUCCGAGUUAAGAGCAAUGUUUACUGAUACUCUCAAUAAAGUUGCUCAGGGAUACAUCGCGCACACACCGUUACGAAUGAUACAAUCGUUAACACUUAAAGGUAAAGAUUCUCAAGCUAAGUUUAAGGAAAGAGCCGAAGAAGUGCCUGGACAUAGGAAUUUAUUGUUGUAUAUGGUGCGUUUGAUUCAUGCCGAUCCCAUGUUAAUGUUAAACAAUCAAGGUAAAGCUGGUCACGAAAUACAAAGUUCUACAUUAGAAUUGAUUAAUGGCUUGGUAUCUCUUGUACAUCAACCUACCAUGCCAGACGUCGCACAAGAAGCAAUGGAAGCCUUAUUAGUUUUACAUCAUCCUGAAAAAAUUGAAGUGUGGAAUCCUGAAGCACCAAUUAAUACGUUUUGGGAUGUUAGUUCUCAAGUGCUGUUUUCUAUAUCGCAAAAACUUAUUCAACACCAAAUUAUGAAUUAUACGGAUAUUCUGAAGUGGUUGAGAGAAAUUUUGAUUUGUAGAAACGCGUUUUUAUCUAGACAUAAGGAGUACGCUAAUCUCGGUAGCCAAAUACCGAUUUGCAAACAAGCGCACAUUAAAUUAGAGGUCGUAUUUUUCAUGUAUUUGUGGAGCAUCGACAUGGAUGCGGCGUUAGUCGCCAUGAGUUGUUUUGCUUUGCUUUGUCAAGAGGCAGAGAUUCGUUGCGGGUCCGACGAAGUCACUGUCACUUACCUCGUUCCGAAUUACCACGUUUAUCAAGAACUAGCGCAAGCAUCUACUGUCUUAACCACAGCCAGCGGGGAAUCUAGAAUGUGUUUCCCAGAACACGCGAACGGACGUGCCGCUUUACAAAAGCGCAUAAUGGCGCUGUUGCGCAAAAUCGAGCAUUGCGUUAACGGCGUCCAGCCCGCGUGGGAGGAAACCUUCAUGAACUGGAACUCGAUGUCGAAGAACCUGUCGUCUUACCCGAAGGCGAAGGUGGAGGAUGGGCAGAUGGAGCCGUUCCAUCGGUCCAUGGGGAAGAGGAGGGCGUCUCAUCAGAACUCGGAGCACGAGCUAGAAGAGCAGAUCAAUGAGUGGGCCAACAUGACAGGGUUUUUAUGUGCUUUGGGAGGUGUGUGUUUACAGAGGAAGUCGCCGUCGAGACCGACUCUGUCCGCAUCGUCACACUCCAGUCUUUCUACGUCUACGAUUAGUUCGAUCGGUAGCAACACGUCGGAGGGCCGCAAGUCGAGCGUGCUGACCGGGUCCGGGCAGGAGCAGCGGCAGUAUUGUCCCGUCACACAAUUCGUCGAUCUGCUCCUACCCUUGUUGGUCUGCAACAACGAGAAAUUCGGCGCACAGAUCCAAAAGCACGUCAAGGAGCUGGUGGGUCACGAAAUGUCGUCAGCUUUAUAUCCUAUUCUUUUCGAGCAAAUCAAAACCAUUGUUGAUAAGUUUUUCGAUCAACAAGGCCAAGUUGUAGUUUCAGAUGUCAACACUCAAUUUAUUGAGCAUAUUAUUUUUAUAAUGAAAAAUAUUCUAGAUAGUACGAAAAACGACCAACCGAGCGAGCAUUUAGGUGUGACGAGCAUAGAAGGGAUGAUGCUUGCGAUUGUUAGAUACGUACGUCAUUUAGACAUGACGGUUCAUGCAAUACAUAUAAAAACGAAAUUGUGUCAACUGGUUGAAGCAAUGAUGAAAAGACGUGAUGAUUUAGCUUUUAGGCAAGAAAUGAAGUUUAGGAAUAAGUUAGUUGAGUAUUUGACUGAUUGGGUGAUGGGGACAUCCCAUCAAAUCGCGCCGCCGAGUUCGGGCGACGUUACUAUGAUCACCAGAGAUUUGGAUCAGGCGUGUAUGGAGGCCGUAGCGGCGCUUCUGAGGGGGUUGCCCCUACAACCGGAGGAGUCCGACCGGGGCGACCUCAUGGAAGCCAAAAGCCAACUCUUCCUCAAGUAUUUCACUCUCUUCAUGAAUCUCUUGAACGACUGCUCCGACGCCGCGGACGUCGAAAAAGACGUCCAAAGACAGCGCGUCAACGCCGGGAAACUUAGUACUCUACGCAACGCCACCAUCCAAGCCAUGUCGAACCUUCUUUCCGCGAACAUCGACAGCGGAUUGAUGCACUCAAUCGAUCUGGGGUACAACAAAGACCUGCAAACUCGCGCCGCCUUCAUGGAAGUCCUCACCAAGAUCCUGCAACAAGGAACUGAGUUCGACACGUUGGCAGAGACGGUGUUAGCGGACAGGUUCGAGCAGCUGGUACAACUCGUGACAAUGAUAAGCGAUAAGGGCGAGCUUCCCAUAGCCAUGGCUUUGGCUAACGUAGUCACGACGAGCCAGAUGGACGAGUUGGCGCGCGUUUUCGUGACGCUGUUCGACGCGAAACACUUGCUCUCGCCGCUGCUCUGGAACAUGUUCUACCGGGAGGUCGAAGUUUCCGAUUGUAUGCAAACUUUGUUCCGCGGGAAUUCUCUAGGGAGUAAAAUAAUGGCGUUCUGUUUUAAAAUUUAUGGUGCUAGUUAUUUACAAUGUUUGUUGGAGCCGUUAAUUCGUCCGCUGUUGGACGAUCCGUGUUGUAGUUUCGAGGUGGAUCCGGCCAGGUUAGAGCCUAACGAAGAUAUCGCAGAAAACAGGCAGAAUUUGAUCGCUUUGACGCAGAAAGUGUUCGACGCGAUUGUUAGUAGUGCGGAUAAGUUUCCGCCGCAGUUGAGGUCGAUGUGCCAUUGUCUUUACCAGGUGUUGAGCAAACGCUUUCCGCAAGUGCCGCAACAUAAUAUCGGUGCUGUUGGUACUGUCAUAUUUCUGCGAUUUAUUAAUCCCGCUAUCGUUUCGCCGCAAGAGAUGGGUAUUGUGACUAAGCAGGUCCCGACGUCUGUGAAAAGGGGGCUCAUGUUGAUGUCGAAAAUUCUCCAAAAUAUAGCUAACCAUGUCGAAUUUAGUAAGGAACAGCACAUGUUGCCAUUCAAUGAUUUCCUGAGAGCCCAUUUUGAAAUCGGGAGACGAUUUUUUAUACAAAUUGCGUCCGAUUGUGAGACUGUUGAUCAGACGUCUCAUUCAAUGUCGUUCAUAAGUGACGCUAAUGUGCUAGCUUUGCAUAGACUGUUGUGGAACCACCAGGAGAAAAUUGGUGAUUAUUUGUCUAGUAGCAGAGAUCACAAAGCUGUUGGUCGGAGACCUUUUGAUAAAAUGGCGACAUUGUUAGCUUAUUUGGGUCCACCGGAACACAAACCUGUCGAUUCGCAUCUUUUGUUCUCCUCGUACGCACGCUGGAGUUCUAUCGAUAUGUCUUCGACGAAGUUUGAGGAGUUGAUGGUGAAACACAACAUGCACGAGAAAGAAGAAUUCAAGUCGAUUAAAUCCUUGAAUAUCUUCUACCAAGCGGGAACUAGUAAGGCUGGAUUUCCGGUUUUCUACUACAUCGCCAGGAGAUACAAAAUCGGGGAAACUAACGGCGACAUGUUGAUUUAUCAUGUGAUUCUAACUUUAAAGCCUUUCUGUCAUUCUCCGUUCGAAUUAGUAGUUGACUUUACGCACACUUGCUCAGAUAAUAGGUUUAGGACUGAAUUUUUACAAAAGUGGUUCUACGUUUUGCCUGAAGUUGCCUAUGAAAAUAUUCAUGCAGCGUAUAUUUAUAAUUGUAAUAGCUGGGUUCGUGAAUACACCAAAUUUCAUGAUCGCAUUUUGGCCCCUCUCAAGGGAAAUCGGAAGUUGAUCUUUAUUGAUGCCCCUAACAAACUGACGGAAUUCAUCGAACUCGAUCAGCAAAAAUUGCCUGGUGCUACUCUAAGUUUAGAUGAAGAUUUAAAAGUUUUUAACAACGCACUUAAAUUAUCACAUAAGGACACCAAAGUUGCAAUAAAAGUAGGACCAACUGCGAUUCAGAUAACCUCGUCAGAGAAAACCAAAGUCUUGUCCCACUCAGUGCUCCUGAACGACGUUUACUACGCGUCCGAAAUCGAAGAGGUGUGCUUGGUGGACGACAACCAGUUUACUCUGACGAUCGCGAACGAAAGCGGUCCUCUUAGUUUUAUUCAUAACGAUUGUGAUAGCAUUGUACAAGCGGUUAUACAUAUACGGAACCGCUGGGAGCUCAGCCAGCCGGAUUCUGUGACGGUCCAUCAGAAGAUCCGGCCGAAGGACGUUCCGGGGACCCUCCUGAACAUGGCUCUGCUGAAUUUGGGUUCUUCCGACCCGAAUCUCCGCACGGCUGCGUACAAUCAGCUGUGUGCGUUGACGGCGACCUUCGACCUGAAGAUCGAAGGUCAGCUGCUCGAAACCCAAGGGCUGUGCAUUCCUUCCAACAACACGAUUUUCAUCAAGUCGGUGUCCGAAAAGCUGGCGACGAACGAGCCACAUUUGACUCUGGAAUUCCUCGAGGAAUGCAUCCAGGGAUUCCGGGUUUCGAGCAUCGAGUUGAAGCACUUGUGUUUGGAGUACAUGACGCCGUGGCUGGCGAAUUUGGUGAAGUUUUGUAAGCCGUCGGAGGAGAAUAAGAGGCAGAAGCAAGUGGCGCAGAUUUUGGAAAAGCUUAUUUUGUUGACGAUCGAAGAGGUGGAAAUGUAUCCUUCAAUUCAGGCGAAGAUUUGGGGGUCCAUAGGUCAAGUUCCUGAGUUAAUAGAUAUGGUUUUGGAUAAUUUUAUACAUAGGUCGGUUAAUUCGGGGUUAGGGUCUCCGAUGGUGGAGAUAAUGGCGGAUACUGCUGUUGCGCUAGCGUCGGCGAAUGUGCAGUUGGUAGCUAAGAAAGUUAUUGGUAGGCUCUGUAGAGUUGUCGAUAAAACGUGUCAAUCGCCAACUCCGCUCUUAGAACAGCACAUGAUGUGGGACGAUAUUGCAAUUUUGGCGCGAUAUUUGUUGAUGUUGUCUUUUAACAAUUGUCUAGAUGUUGCUCGUCAUUUACCGUACUUGUUCCAUACAGUAACUUUCUUGGUGUGCUCUGGAUCUCUAAGCAUGCGAGCCUCGACUCACGGGCUCGUUAUUAAUAUAAUUCAUUCUCUGUGUACCUGUACGAAACCUUCUUUCUCGGAAGAAACCCAAAGAGUUUUACGCUUAUCUUUAGAUGAAUUUUCUCUACCAAAAUUCUAUUUGUUGUUCGGUAUUAGUAAAGUUAAGUCAGCUGCUGUGACAGCCUUCAGAUCUAGUUAUCGACACCCGAACGAGCGCUGGUUUGGGACCGAACGAAGUUUCUCUGGCGCUUCGCAAGACAGAGAAAGACUCUCGCUGACUUCCCUCGAAGUCAUAACUGAUGCUUUAUUAGAAAUAAUGGAAGCUUGCAUGCACGAUAUCCCCGACUGUGAUUGGCUCAACAGUUGGACGUCGCUCGCCAAAAGUUUCGCCUUCUGUUUUAAUCCCGCUUUACAACCGAGGGCCCUCAUCGUGUUCGGGUGCAUCAGUAAGAGUAUUACUGAUCACGACAUGAAACAGCUUUUGCGGAUUCUGGUUAAGGCGUUGGAAAGUUUCAGCGACAUCGUUCUCAUUGAGGCGUUAGUGAUGUGUUUGACGCGGCUGCAGCCCUUGCUAAGGCCAGAGUCUCCCAUCCAUAAAGCCUUGUUUUGGGUCGCCACGUCCGUUCUACAGCUGGACGAGGUCUCCCUGUACGCUUCUGGGUUGGCUUUGCUUGAACAGAAUUUGCAUACUUUGGAUUCUCAGGGAAUUUUUGAAGACAGGACGCUUGAGAACGUAAUGAUGUCGACAAGGGAACCGCUAGAGUGGCAUUUUAAGCAACUCGAUCACGCUGUGGGGCUUAGCUUUAAGGCGAACUUUCAUUUUGCUUUAGUAGGACAUUUGCUCAAGGGAUACCGCCAUCCCACACCAACUACAGUUUCACGGACAUCACGGGUUUUAACCAUGUUGCUUGCUAUUGUUGCCAAACCGCAGCGGCGGGAUAAGUUCGAAGUGACACCCGAUAGUGUAGCCUACCUCACUGCUUUGGUUGGUGUAUCCGAAGAAGUCCGAAGUCGCUGCCAUAUUAAACAUUCUCUUUCACGGAACAUGUCGGAUUCGAUCUCGCAAGAGAAUUUCAUGAACGAGAACAUGACAAAUAUGAGCCACCAAAGUAAUCACUCAGGAAAUGUUUCCAAUACGGGUAGCGGCGUUAAUCGCCGCCAAAAAUCUUGGGAUCUUUUAGAUCAAUCGGCCAUUGCUCAAGCCAGGCAACAUAAACAGCCACCACAACACCAGGUUGAAAAUUCGGCAGCCAGUAAAGGCUGGCGGAGUCUAGACUUAUCCCAGAGCCCGGGACCUCAGGCAAAUGGGGGCCUGACCCGGCCUCUGUAUCGCACCCAGCGUUCUAGUUCAGUACCCGUUCAGCAGAACCCAACACCCAAUGCAUUAAACAGUGAGACACAUAGCCAGCCCGUGCCUCCCAUUAAAAACCGCAGUACCAGGGUUUCAGUAAGCAACGAAAAUAACGUCCUUCUUGAUCCUGAAGUUCUAACAGACUUUUCAACUCAGGCCUUAGUUUUAACCGUCUUAGCAACUCUCGUUAAAUACAGUACUGACGAAGCAGAAACUAGAAUACUGUAUCAGUACCUCGCCGAAGGUGCAGUAGUUUUUCCAAAAGUAUUCCCCGUUAUUUAUAACUUGUUGGAUAUGAAAAUUAAUAAUGUUUUAACCACCUGUCACGACCAAGUUAUUUUAAGCGCUGUCAGAAGUAUUAUCCAGAAUAUGAUAGCUUGCGAGGAUACCAGUCAACAACAACUUCACUAUUUGCAAAGCUGCGGUUUUGGGGGGCUUUGGCGUUUCGCCGGACCGUUCAACAAGUAUAACAACACGGCUGAAAGUAGCGAACUGUUCGUGAACUGUCUCGAAGCGAUGGUCGAAACUUGUCUUCCUAUUGAAGAAUCUGAAGGAGAGAAUGGUGAAAUGCAGCAAUAUCCUUCAAUGUUAAGUGUUAGUUCAAAUAUGAACCUGUCCUCUAGUCUCUCGAGUCUUACUCUGGGUUCGCCCACUGAGAAAGAGAUCGCGAGAGAUCUAGAGGGGGGGAGCACCACCUCUUUGGGGCGUCCGCCAUUUAGCAAGCAACGUGGUAUAAAACCCCACAAGCAUUUGCAUUCUGAAGGGUCAUCUAUUCAUAAAUAAAUUCUUAGAAAACGAAUAUUUUUUUAAGUAGGAGAGUUUAUCUCAAACUGAUGUUUUAUUGAAAUAUUUUAAUGACUGUUUUUCUCUCUUUGAAUCGUAAAAAUUCUACAUGUUGUUUUGUAUCGAAGGAUAUGUGAAAACGAUCUGUACAAAGCAGUUACUUAUAAGUUGCACAAAAAUGAAUGUUUAGAUAAUGUACAAUAAAAUCUACAAGUCGCAGUUAGUAUUAUUGGUAAUUAGUUUUAAUUUCUCUUAUUGUAUGACAACACCAAAAAUUAAUUCUAUUUUCUUUAAGUUAACUUAUUUUCUCGUGCAUUUAACCGUGAUCAUUACUAUAUCUCUCUAUUGUAAGCUACGUAUUUUAUUGUUACGCAUUUUGUGUUCACUUUAUUUCCAAAGGAAGACUUGAUCAACUAUUUUGUUAUUCGUAGUUGUAAGCAUCCAUUUCAGUAUUUUUUAUCGUGUAAGUUUUAAUUUUCUGUGUGUUUAUUUUUAGUUCCUAUACUCUUGUAUAUUUUUACGAAUUUUUCACAUAUCCAUUUCUACUAUCAUUACCCUCUGAUGUACAAAUCUUUAGACUCUAUGACAAACAAUUUAGAGUAUUGUUUUAUCCAAUGUUUUUAUAUUUAUUUUGUAGCGUAUAUAGUGGGCUUUCGAUAAUCAAGCGCAAGGGACCAGACCAGGCGGAGUAGAAGUGUGGUUUAUUAAACUGUGAAAGCGAUUAGCGAGACUUCACUGUAUACAUCGUUCAUAGUUGAUUGUUUUAAAAAGUAAUUUUAUCGUUUAACACCCUCGUUUACAUUUACAUAAAAAUUCUAUUUGUGAUAGAUUAAUGUAUAAAUGAAAAUAUGUAUGUUUCUUAAAUAUGGAAAAUGUUUGUAUCUAUGAUAUUACAUAUAUAAGAAAA